AAACAAUGAAAAGAGCAUAUAUAAAAUGGAAAGGUCUUAGAUAUAUUGAAUCUACAUGGGAGGACAUAUCCGAUUUGGACGAGAAAAAGUUUUCUAAAGCCUUAAAAAUUCGCCGCAAGGCUUACAAAAUUGGCGUGAUGGAUCGGUUUGUAGAUAGGUCAUUUCAAGAGAUAAAGAAACAACCUUCAUGGUUGUCAAAUAAUCCAAAAUAUCAGAACAAAUUAAUGGAUUAUCAGUUGGAUGGCGUAAACUGGUUACUGCACAAUUGGAGUCUAGAGACUUCUUGUGUUCUUGCAGAUGAAAUGGGGCUAGGGAAAACUAUUCAAAUUAUCGUAUUUCUUAAUAUAUUGUUCAAGGAUCGCCAUUGUUACCCAUUUAUUAUUGUUGCGCCAAAAUCUACGACAGCGGGCUGGUCUCGCGAAUUUAAGCGAUGGGCACCUAAUUUAGUUGUAGUUGAAUUUCAUGGCGAUAGAGAGUCCUGCGAGGUUGUCGAAAAAUUUGAAAUGUUUCCAGGCGAUUCUUCAUUAAAGUGUCAUGUGUUAAUAACUACCCCAGAGACUGUUCUGUUUCGUUCUAGAAUUCUCUCAAAAGUUGAUAUGUGGGAAGUAAUGGUUGUUGAUGAAGCACACAGCUUGAAAGGUGGUGAUGCAGGAAGAGUCUUUAGGCAAUUGACAUCAACUUUGAAAAAUGUAUUUUACAAAGUUUUGUUAACGG